UGUGAAGCAGGCCGGAGGGAGCGGGCAGGUUGGUAGGGGAGUCAGAUUUUGAGUUGAGUGAACCACCUUGAAUGUGCUACAUCUGCCCAGUAGAAGACCACAAUUGCCCUUAAUGUCCCUAAGGAGAGAUGAAAUGGAUUAGUUUCCUGCUCCUGAUGGUUAUCUAUUGACUAUUGAGGUGUGUGGGUUAGGACAGAAUGGAUUAAGCAUUGAUGGCCAUCGGUUAAAUUCAUUACUGACGCGUGCUGCACAUCGAAUGUGGUUGCUUUUCAGAGCUAGAAAAAGUUCCUGCUAUGUUUGAACACACUAUACACUACACAGUUGCCAGAAUGAGGAAGGGCACUGUAACAAAAGAAUGGGAGCUGAUGCAAGGGCAUUAAGAGAGAAAACAUCGAUAGCAGUAACUUCAAAGGGCCGUUAUGGUCUGGAGGAGGAGAGGGCGACAGUAUGUACCUCUACCCGUCGGCGAUCUCUGCCCCGGAACCUGGGUGGUCUGACGACAGGAGUUACUGAGUCCAUCAUGAUUCAGGCUUUAAGACAAGAAGAACAACAGCGAGCAAGGGAAGAAAAGAGAUUACGUGAACAAGAAAGGAAGGAGGCAGAAGAGGCUGUCCAAAAGGAGAUAGAAGAAUGGGAAAAGAACCUGCGAGCCCAGGCUGAGCCCAAUCGCAUGGAAACACUAUGGGAAAUCCCAUCCAUUGGUCAUUUCCUUUGUUUGGCUCAGCAGAUCCUUAAUUUACCCGAAAUUGUUUAUUUUGAUCUUGAACGCUGCCUUCUACUGCCACAGUGCAGUUCUUUCCUUGCUAAGAUAAUGACGUCUUUACUGGGCCCUCACCAUCGCCGAGCAACUUUACACCGGAGGCCACCUUUGUCUUACAAAAUGUGGGAGGUGGCUCUGAAACAAAGAGUCCAACAUUGGUAUGUAAUGGUUAGCCAUGCAGAAAAUCCCAAUCUGCAGGCUGAGAAACUUGGCCUUAGUCCUCAGUUUUUUCAGGUCCUUGGAGAAACUAGUCCUUUGGAGGUCAAAGCUUUCCACGAGCUAAACUUUUACAAGCGUGUUUGGUUGCUAAAGGGCUUGAGUGAUUAUGUGUAUGAAACCCAGAAAGAGGUACAAGAUGCAGUUUUAGGCCAGCCCAUCCAUGAAUGCAGGGAGGUGGUGCUUGGGUAUGAUUCUCACGAGAAUGCCUAUGUCCAUUUCCCACAGUUCUGUGGUGCAGACUUGAGAAUUUACAAACAAUCUCCUCUUCCACCCCCACAAUUUCCUAUUCCGCCUAUCAAAAUAUACAGGACGUCACAAUGGGCAUCGGGGGAAGUCAAAAGUGGUGUGCUGUCACAAUGCCACCCAAAAGAUGUCAAAAAGGAGGCCCGAAAUACUUCUCCUGGCAAAAGAACACAUUGCUGUAAGAAAGCCAAUAAAGGUGUUACCUCCAGUGAUAGAGAAGAUUUCAGUGUAAAGGUGGAAUCUGACACCCAGUUUGUUUCUCAAGAAGGUAAAGAAGAAAUAAAAUUAAACUGUGAAUGUAAAAACCAUAGAACUUCUGGUGUGAAGAAGGAAAAUGGUGGCUCUUGUAAGGAAAACGUGGUGAAACCUGCAAGUCCUGGAGAAGUUCUAGGAUACGGAGAGCCUCUCAGCCCAGGAGAGAUUAGGAUAACGGAGAAUGGGGAAUUCUGCACUGAUGACCCCGGACUAAGGAAAGGUAUGAGACCAUUGAAAGAAAAAGCAAUCAAAAGCUGCAAAGCGCUUGUUAAUGGAAGCCAUACUGAAAUUCUUGAUGUAAGCUGCCUGGUUGGUAAAAUAAAUAAUAUUUCCACAAAACAUUUCUUGGGAAAAACCGAGGAUCUUGAUAUGGUAAAACUGCAUGUGAAGAAAAAGAAGAAGAAGAAAAAGAAACUGAAAGAUUCACAGUCAAGGUCAGGCAUGGUUUGUCAAAAUCCAUCAAAGAUUCAGAAGUCAGGAAUCAAGAAUAAGUCGUUACUGAUAAAGAAAACAAAACACAAAAAGCACAAAUCUGGAAAGAAGCCAGAUUCCGAAAAGACGGAUGAAAAAAAGAAAAAAGUGAUGCCACCACCACUGCCUACAACCCCACAGUUUCAGCUUGUUUGCACUAGUCUUGAUGAACUCAGGGAACUCAUUGCCAAAAUGGAUGUGGAGCUCAAAGAAAUGGAAACUAAUAAGAAGAAAUCUGAGAAAUGGUUUUACCGAAGACAAGCUGUAAAAGAGCUACAUAAUACAUUGGGACGAUUGUUAAAUGAAUUGUUGCCGUGGGAACAAAAGUUGAUCAAGGCAUACCUGAGAAAUAGGGCUCGAAUGAAGAAAGACUUUGAUGAUUUUAAGAAACAGCCUGAUCAUGAUGUGUUUGUUCGAGAAACCUGGCCGAUUGAGGAACUGGAUGGAGAGCUUAUGAAAGAUGUGUCUCCAAAUGAAACUGGGUCCCCUACAUUUGCAGACCUUCCUGAUUUGAUGAAGAGAGAGUACUCAGAAAUGGAUGACAUAAUGCAGUUAGACAUGGAGCUAUCUACAGGAAGAGCAAGACCUAUAAGAAGAGAAAGUUCCAGCAAAGAAACAGCGAGACAAGUUUCUAAGAAUCUUAAACGGCAAACUAAACAGUGUAAUGAUCCUGAUGAAUGUUGGAAAGAACCUUUUCCUAGAAAAAAGACCAAACUAAGCACAAGUGAAACUACUGCAGACCAUAACGCAGGGGACGUCGCAUUUGGCUCAGAGUCUAGAAACCAACCGAUUGAAUUAAAAUCUCCAGGGGUAGAGCUUCCAGCUGAACCAGGUAACUCAAGCAAACCAGCUGAACGGUGCAUCAAACCAGAGACUUUUAGAGGAGAAGUGACGAACGUAUCCAGAUCAACUGUACAGAAAGGGACCAAACCCAUUCAAGCCUUACUCGCAAAACAUAACGGGAACAAAGUGACCUUAACCAAUCAGAUGUCCUCCUCUGUGAGUGAGGAGGUGGCCAACUCUCAAGAAAAAAAUCCAGUUACGUUGCAGUCAAGUCCAGCAAAAUCUCCAUUACCAGCACUUGUUUCUACAAAAGCCCCUUUGCAGAUGCUUUACAAAUUGCCCGAUGGAUCCUGUGUGCCAAUCGAUCUCAGUAACAGUCAGAUUAAGCUUGCAAUGCAACCUAUUAUUGACCCGAAGACUGGAGAGAGGAUUAUGCAGCAAGUACUCAUUGUGCCCAAAAACUUCCUAGCCCAGCGGCAAGACAGCAAAUUGGUUGAAAAAGAAAGUCAACCAAAGGCACUAAGGGAUACGGAAAAACAAACUUCACUUGGCUUUCAAACUGUUAAUAUAUGUCAGUCUCCUUCAGCAGACCUUCAGGCUCCAUCAGCUUUUAAAGCUCAAUUACAGACAGCUAAUUUAAUACAGAGUAGGGGCAUUGCCAGUAUAGGAGCAGUAACAAGCUCUCUUAGUCGCCCAAUAACAGCCGUAUCAUCAUCCACGCCAUGUAACUUUUUGGCAUCAUCAGCAACCAUAGUACCACAGGGUAGGAUGGAAACACCUCAAGUUAUGGCAUCUUCGGUUACUAGCUCAAAUACAAGAUGUGGUCAACCAGUAGCUAUUCAGGCAGUAAAUAUACCCAGGCCAGUGAGCAGUACUAGUUCAGCUCAGACCUUCAAGCCACAGCAGCUGAUUGAGUCAACUGAAACAAAGCAAGAACUUAAAACCGUGUGCAUAAGGGACUCUCAGUCUAUUUUAGUUAUGACACGUGGUGGUAACACAGGUGUUGUUCAGGUUCGAAACAACUGUGACCAAACCUCACCUAAUGCUGUUACUCCAAGGCCAAUAUUUACUUUUUUACCAGAUGUUCAGAAUUUUGUUUUGUCAAAGACUACAUCGCCCUCGUCAUUGCCAUCUCUUCUUGUUCCAGGACAAUCUUCCUUGACAAAUUUUUCUCAAGUUCCAGUUUCCAGUCCCAUUCCAUCAGUUCCAUUGGGCCUAAAACAAUUGACUGGGGAAGGAAUUAAAGUAGUGGGACCUUGCAAGUCAGUAAAUCCGAGAGGAGCUGUACAACUGGUAAAUGCAUCUGUACACAGGCCUAUUCCUUCUGGAUUGUCAACUGCUUCAGAGAGUUCAAACAUGACCAUGCACAGCAGUACUUAUAACACCAUGAAUUUAACAGCUGGUCCUUCGUGUGCAUUAUCAACUGAAGGCCUGGUCCAAAAUAAGGUAGCAGGGACUCAAGCGCCAACGUUGCAAAUCUCACUUGAUACCGCAAGCGGAAAGCAACUAUUCUUGACCCAGCCAGAACGCAGUAAGCCUGUAGGGAGCACUUUCUUGAGCGCAACUACAAUACCCAAACUUUUGUUGGUUAAUAAUCCCUCUGUUGUUGCUCCCUGUAACACAAGUCCAGUCAGCAUGACAGCUCCUUUGACAUGUACAACUGCUCAACCUCAAAAGUUAGUCUUUGUGAAUCCAACAGUAACUGCAAUACCCACAUCGCCCACUUUAACAUUAUCAACAAAGUCGCCCCAAUUCCAGCAUACACCAUCGAACACAACACAGAUAUCACUGAAAAACACAGAGCAAUGCCAGUUAAUGCUUGUGCCCUACACCGGCGAUUCCCCAAUUAAGGCUGUUUCGGCACCUCAGGUAAAGGUUGCUCCUAAAGGAUCAAAUCCCAGCCAGGUUGUGAGAAACAGCAUCCAGAAAGCCCCAGGAAUCAGUGUUGUGCCAAAUACAUCUGCAAAAGGGGGAGAAAGGUUAUCUGCAAAGAAUAUAGUAUUACCAGCAACUUGUAUUUGCAGUUCAGUAGCAGUCCCUUCCGUUGCAAUAGGAAAUCAAAGUGUUUCAUCUUUUACGACAGGAAUCCGAAUGUGCGUGAGAAAUCCAUACACAGUGACAACUGCUACAGGUGCAACUCCUUCAACGACUACUUUUGCAACAUUUGGUUCACUUCCCACGGUUGUGCUUAAGGGAAACGAAAGCGUGCCUGGGACUAAUCGGGGAACAUUAAAUCGGCUUCCUUUUGCUAUUUCUACAGUGAAAGCAGAGCAUCUUGCUUCCUCGGUCCUUUUUGCAUCUGCACAGCCAAAGAACUCACAACAGUCACCGACUCCUCUCUCGUUACCAAUCACAACUGCUUUACCAAACCCAAUCACAGUCAGUUCAAAGAUGGUACCAGCGAGCACUCACACAAUAGGUACAUCUUUCCCCCCACAAAACGCACUUGUUAUGAAAGACAGCAGUCAAACAGUUAUUCGAUUUCAGAAUCCAAACACCACAGGUCCAUCACUAACAAAUACAGUUGCAAGGUUUCCAUCUGUGCAGGGAACUCCUCGUCUGAGUGCACCAGCUUCCUCCAAUCUAAUGUGUGCUGCAGGUUUAGGGUCAACAAAAGCACGUCCAACAAUGGUACACAACAUGACAAAACCUCCGAUAACGACUAAUACGGUCCCUGCAGCUUCAGCUUUGAUGUAUCCUGCAGGUACAAUACCAACUUCUGUCACCAAAGUUUCCGAACCAUUAAAUGAAUCUUGCAUACGGCAGAAAAUAGUCAUCAAUACGAGUACCCCCUUGGCUCCAGGAACUCAGAUAGUCAUUAACAAUCAUAGAUUUGUUGUUCCACCACAGGGCCUUGGAUCUGGUAGUCAUGUCCUGUUGAUUUCCAAUACACUAAAACCGAAUACAACCCAAUCAGUAAAUCUCAAUCCAGGAUCUCAGGCAGGAACUGAUGUUACAUCUGCAUGCCAGAAGGGCGUUGCCAUGUCUGGUGGAGCAGACCGUUCUUUGUCCACUCUGCCUCCUUGUGUUCUUCCACCCGAAAAGUUGCAUCAAAACAUGUGUGUUCAGAGUGGGGCACAAGCAGUGGCAGUUUCUAAAUCUGUUCAGCUUGCAACAUCAUCAACAAUGAUCAAUGUCCCUGUGGCAAGACCUUCACUUCAGACUACAGUAGACAAAGUCCAAGCUCCUACAAUCCAGAGUACUACAAACCCUAUGUCAGGGAGUUCUACAGUUCUUCCAUUAGGCACUUCCUUCAGUAAAUUGCUAGUGAGCCCUGAGGGUGCAGUUUUAAAUUCUAUUAAUACUGUGGUUAAUCCCAUUGCAAAUGUGGUGUCUCCAUCUUCUCUGACCCAAGUUUCAGGGAGUCUAAGCACAAGUUCUGCUGCAGUCUUCUCUACAUAUAAAGCAUCUGAAGUACUCGACCCUUCUAGAACUGUUUCAGCAGCUUCCAAAGCUUAAAUGACACCCAGCACAUAUCCAAACUAUGGGGACUGAGAACCUUGAAAGGAACUGCAUCCAUUCUUUGAUUAUGCCUUGGUUUUAGAAAGUUGUGACCUAGGUUUAAAAUAAAGCUGUUGAGAUGUCUGAGAGGCACAAAUAUUUAUUUAGUUUGUUUACCAUUGUUAAUUUCAUGUUGAAAGGAUGCUUUUUUUGUGUCGUACCCGUGAGAUCUGUGUAGUUCAGUGUACAGAAACAAUGUUGAAAACUGUAAGGCAGCACAUUUGAAAGGACUUGUAAAUUUCCCUCAGUUUAUAAUUUCAAGAAAAGCAUAGCAAUUUUAGUUAUUGCUUCUUGUGCACUCAAAGCUUCUUGCACAUUUACAGCACCACCUGUAUCAAUGUCUACAUCUUUGGUAUGCUACAAUAUUGUACUUAUGUGAUUUUUAAGAAAUGUGUAGUCCAGAAAAAUGAACAUAAGACUUGUUUAUAUGCUAUUGCUUUCUUUUUUAAAUAUUUAACAUAGAAAACUUCUGCAGUCUGUUGUACAGUUGUAAAUACUUUUGAACCCCAGCAAGUUGUACUAAAGUGAAUGUACAAAA